AUGAAACUUUCCACCUCCACCUUCCUCCUCCUCCUCCUCCUCCACCACGCCGCCGCCGCUACUGCACCGUCGCCGUCUGCCGCUGCCACCGCCGCCUCCCCAGCCCUAUCUCCACCGUCUUCCUCCACAUCCUCAACCCUUGACCCAAAGCAAGUAAGAGCCUUACAAUCUCUCUACAUUCCAACCACCCAUGACCCUUGCACCCAACCCUCUUUCCAUAACGCCACCGUCUGCGACACCGCCACUCCCUUCCGCCACCUCCGUUCCCUCCGUCUCACCAACUGCUCCGACGACCUCUCCCUUUCCACCACCGCACUCUCCUCCCUUUCUACACUCACCUCCCUCACCUUUCUCAACUGCCACGUCCCCAUCGUCCAUUUCCCCACCUCCCUCUCCACCAAUCUCCGAUCUUUCACUUCCAUUAACUCCCUCCAACGCCUCACCGGAGUUUUCCUCAGCCGGUUCAGUAACCUUACUGAACUCGAAAUCUCCGGAGACAACAUCAAAGCCUCCGGCAUCCACAUUAUAACCUCUAACAUGAACUCUUUAAACACUGUAACCCUCUCCAACACUAAUCUCUCUGGAUUAAUCCCAAAACAUUGGAAUCCAAAGCUCACCCACAUGGAUUUCUCCGACAACAAACUCAAUGGGACCAUACCCACAUCAUUAACACUGUUGGAAGGUCUUAAAUUCUUGAAUUUAUCUUCAAAUCAACUCAGUGGAGAAAUACCCACUUCAUUCGGUAACUUGAUUUCUCUUCAAAAUCUUUCUUUAUCAUCUAAUUCGAUAUCCGGCCCGAUUCCCGGAUCUAUAUCCACCAUUUCAAGAUUAGUGCAUUUGGAUCUGGGUUCAAAUCAGUUAAACGGUACAAUCCCCAGAUCCAUCUCUGGUAUGAAGGGGUUGAAGUACUUGAAUCUCGAGAAGAACAAUUUCCAUGGAGUUAUGCCAUUUAAUGCGUCGUUCAUCAAGAGACUGGCUGUGUUCAAAAUAGGUGGAAAUGACAAUAUGUGUUACAAUCACUCUACUAUCUCGAAAAAAGUGAAGCUUGGGAUUGCUCCUUGUGAUAAACAUGGCCGCCCCAUUUUGCCACCUCCGGCCGCCGAUGAGCCGUCGUCGUCGGUAGAUGACAUAAGCAGCGGUGACUAUGACGAUGGUGGUGAUGAUGGAAAGAAGAAAAAUAGAGACAAUGGCGAUCAUGGACCAAAUAAGGUUGUUCUUGGUGUGGCAAUCGGGCUAUCGGCUGUGGUUUUCUUGAUUAUUUUCUUGGUUAUGUUAUCCAAAUGUGGUGGGAGAUGUUGUGGGUGUUGUUAGAUUAGCGAAGCCAUUAGAUUUUGGGAUGAUAUUUGUUUUAUUCAUUUGUGAAGAAAUGGUCUUAUACACCUCACUUUGGAAAUGUAGCGAAAGAUGGCUGCUUUUCAAACACAAAGAGAUUGAAACAUAGAAAAGAAUUGGGGUCUCACUUGAUAAUGAUCAAAGAUCUCGAGUGGGAUGUGAUGKCAUUGGCAUUGGCAUUGGCAUGUGUCUAUUUUUGUUUGUUUGUAACAAAGAUUAAAUCAUCAUUCUUUGAAUUUGGAAAGAGUUGUGGGGGUGUGAUUUGUAUAAUGCAUUUAUUUUGGUUCAAAUUAUGUAAAAGGUUCAUUUGGAAUCAUACAAUUUGUAAUUGUGGAAGAAAUGUAUGC